GGAUACGAACCCCCCCGCUGCUUCCGGUCCUGGAUUCCGAGCCAGCGCCCUCGCAGGGCCGGAGGAGAAGUGACGCUGCUGCCGGAAGAUGGCGGCGACGGCGACAGUCGCUUCGUCACCCACGGAGCCUGCCACAACGACGGCCACUGCCGCAGCUCUCGGGGAGGUGGAGGAUGAAGGGCUCCUGGCAUCGCUGUUCCGAGACCGUUUCCCCGAGGCCCAGUGGCGGGAGCGGCCCGACGUGGGCCGCUACCUCCGGGAGUUGAGCGGCUCCGGGCUGGAGCGGCUGAGGCGCGAGCCCGAGCGCUUGGCGGAAGAGCGAGCGCAGCUGCUGCAGCAGACGCGCGACUUGGCCUUUGCCAACUACAAGACCUUCAUCCGAGGCGCCGAGUGCACCGAGCGCAUCCACCGCCUCUUCGGCGACGUGGAGGCGUCGCUCGGCCGCCUGCUCGACCGCUUGCCCAGCUUCCAGCAGAGCUGCAGGAACUUUGUCAAAGAGGCUGAGGAGAUCAGCUCCAACCGCCGGAUGAACACCCUGACUCUAAACCGGCACACAGAAAUCCUGGAAAUCCUGGAGAUUCCUCAGCUGAUGGACACCUGUGUCCGGAACAGCUAUUAUGAAGAGGCCUUGGAGCUUGCUGCCUAUGUACGCCGGCUGGAAAGGAAAUAUUCCUCCAUCCCUGUCAUCCAGGGCAUCGUGAACGAAGUGCGCCAGUCCAUGCAGCUGAUGCUGAGCCAGCUGAUCCAGCAACUAAGAACCAACAUCCAGCUCCCCGCCUGCCUCCGUGUCAUUAGCUUCCUCCGGUGCAUGGAUGUCUUCACUGAGGCUGAGUUGAGGGUGAAGUUUCUUCAGGCCCGAGAUGCUUGGCUCCGUUCCAUUCUGACUGCCAUCCCCAAUGACGAUCCCUAUUUCCACAUCACAAAAACCAUUGAGGCCUGCCGUGUCCAUCUGUUCGAUAUCAUCACCCAGUACCGUGCCAUAUUCUCUGAUGAGGACCCAUUGUUGCCACCUGCCACGGGUGAGCAUGCUAUAAACGAGAGCGCCAUCUUCUAUGGCUGGGUGCUACAGAGAGUCUCACAGUUCCUGCAGGUGCUGGAGACCGACCUUUACCGGGGGAUUGGUGGUCGUCUAGACUCUCUGCUGGGUCAGUGCAUGUACUUUGGGCUGUCCUUCAGCCGGGUUGGGGUUGAUUUCCGGGGCCAGUUGGCUCCUGUUUUCCAGCGGGUGGCCAUCAGCACUUUCCAGAAGGCAAUUCAGGAAGCAGUGGAGAAGUUCGAGGAUGAGAUGAAUUCCUACACCCUCAUCUCAGCUCCAGCCAUUCUGGGCAGCAGUAACCUGCCUGCUGCUGUGCCAGUCACUCAGCCGGGGACCCUGCAGCCACCCAUGGUACUCUUGGAUUUCCCCCCGCUUGCCUGCUUCCUCAACAAUAUUCUGGUUGCCUUCAAUGAUCUGCGCCUCUGCUGCCCUGUGGCCCUGGCACAGGAAGUGACUAGGGCCCUGGAGGACGCGCUUGUCAAGGUAACCAAAACAAUCCUGGCCUUCCAUCGUGCAGAAGAGGCUGCUUUCAGCAGUGGGGAGCAAGAGCUCUUUGUCCAGUUCUGCACUGUCUUCCUGGAAGACCUUGUUCCUUAUUUAAAUCGCUGUCUCCAAGUCCUUUUUCCACCAGCUCAGAUAGCACAGACCUUAGGCAUUCCACCCACUCAGCUCUCCAAGUACGGAAACCUUGGGCAUGUGAACAUCGGCCUCAUCCAGGAGCCUCUUGCCUUCCUCCUGCCGAAGAGAGAGCUGGUCCUCUGUCUGGAUGACAAGGAGCUGGUGCCGGAGCUCGCAGCUCCAGCACCCACCGCCGAGGACCCCAGGCUGGACCCCAAAGGGGAGCAGGUCGUGUGGCAGGCGAGCGGAUGGGCAGCCCGAAUCAUCCAGCACGAGAUGGACCACUUGCAGGGCUGCCUGUUCAUUGACAAAAUGGACAGCAAGACAUUUACAAACAUCUACUGGAUGGAAGUGAAUGAUUAAGUUUUUCCUGCUGCAUCUGAGGAUUCUGGAAACCAAAACACAAACACUUGGGAUUUGAGCUGGGGAUGACUUGCCUGGUAUCAACUUGAUACUGGUUUGGUCUGACAGAAAACAAUGAAUUGCCAAACCAGGUUGGAGGAAUAUAUCAAAAAUGUUUGCCCUGAAAUCAGCCAUGGACAAAAUAUUGCCUUCAAUUUGAGAAGAAAAUGAACUCCCCCGAAAGAGUGAACAUUUCCUGAUGAUUUUGUAUGGUAAUAAUUGGGGAAAAUAAAUAACCACUCUUCGUAGACAUUAUUUCAUAGACCUGUAUAAUCUACCCCGAGCCAAGAUUUGAUAAUGACAUAGUCCCUAAUAUCUGAAAGUUUUGUUUAAAAAUGCUGGUUAAGUCUGUGGUUGACCAUCUUCACUGAGUUCUUAUUUUUACAAAGGGCUUGUAUGUGUCUUACCUGCAGAGUCAGUCCUUUGCCUUGAACAACAGUUUGCUUGUAUAAGUAAAACAGAACAGAAUGGUCACAGUUCAUGAAGUGUUUAAUGACAGUAUUAACAUAAAUGAGUACCCACACAUUUUACCAGGGUCACAAGUUUUGGGUGAUGAUUUCCCUGCUAAGAUUUCUUGGGCAGCUGCUGUUUGGCUCAUUCUUGUGGUAGAGCUCAUGGAUCAGGGCUAGGGGAGGGAUGAUAGUUGAGGAAGCAAUGAACCUCUUCCUGUCACAAUUGGAAAAGAAACAAAGCAAAACUUGUGCUUCCUGGUCACAAUUAUUUUUGGAAAAAUAAAUCAGCAUCAACCUGACCAA